AUGGCCCAUGUUGAGCAACUCGUGGGAACAUUGCCCGGGAUUGUCAGCGAAAUGAGCUCACUCAUCAACAGCAGGCAAACCGCGGAGGAGGCGCGAGCGAACUGGGGCUGGAGGCAUGGAGGUCCCAGGUUUGCCGAUGAAAUGACUAAGCUCAAGAUGGAGCUAAAAGCGCAAGGCAAGCCGGUCACCACAUGCACCGCGUUUCACGUCUUCGAGGAGUCCAAGGUCAAAAAUCCCACAGGCCGCAUGAUUGUGAUUCCCAUCGGUGGGACCAUUACGUUCAAAAACGGUGGCCAGGUACUCGCCCCGGGCAAUUAUUAUUACAUUGAAGACGAAAGUAUCCUGCAUGGCCAGGAUAUGGAUGUAAUUCUGGCCGCGCUGGUGAAGAAAAAAUAG